AUUAACAUCAUAAAUUAAUUAUACAUAUUAAAUGGUUCUUUGAUUUUGUUGUUUUAGGUACGUCAGAUAUGCCGAGAUAUACCUAGUUCAGCCAACCACAAGAUAACAGAUGCUGAUCUGCAAGACUUUCUCAAAACAAUGUCCACUCUACUGGCUGAUCCGAUACGCUUAUUGCAAGAUCCCUCAGCAAACGAAGCGCGGAGAAAACUCAGAGAUUUUCAGAAUGAUAAAGUUUCACUAAGAAAACUCGGUUUGAUGUUUAAAGAUGCGAAUGAGGUCGGGGAAUGUUUUUCUAAGAAAAUGGAAAAUGCUAUGGCCGAAGUCAAAAGCAAGAUCCAGGGUUGGGAACAAUGCCUUGAAAGCAAGACACAUGUUGCGGAACAACGCCUUGAAAGCGAUAUUUCAGAUUUCCAACAACGUUUGAUGCAACAUUACAAUGACACUUCGAGCUAUGUGCCGCUUUCUACAUUGGACCAAAGUCUUGAUAAGCGUUUAAUAGACAUAUACGCAAUUCCAAAAAUCCACAGAAUCGAAAUAGAAAAAGAUGGGAGAAGGGUUAAAAAGGAACAAGUACUGACAUACAAGGAACUCUUUUUCACAGAUGAUAAUGAAAAUAAACGUAUAUACUUACAAGGUGAACCUGGUACUGGAAAAUCUACGUUUUCAGCCAAUUUAGUUCAUGAUUGGCGUCAUGGAAAUCAGCCUUUUUCUGCAGUUCAACGUCAAACUGAAGCGUUUGAAGACUUGUCAACCAUUACACAAUUUAAAUUCCUGUUUUUCAUCUCAUUGAGAGAUGCAAGAGGGCAAAGUGAUGUAACGCAUAUGAUAAAGAAGCAGCUGAUUGAUAAAAUAUUUUCUGAAGACCAAUGCCAGGAUGUUUACAAACUUUUCGUACACAUAAUUAAGACUGAAAAGUGUCUUUUUGUUUUAGAAGGCCUAGAUGAAUGGGUGUGUCCAGAUGGUAGUUACUUAGCUGUACCAUCCAUGGCUGGAUUUCCGAUGGAAAAUUGCACAGUUCUUAUAACAUCUCGACCAUGGAAACUAGCUGAUGAACGUAUCAGAAAUUCACAUAUUGAUAUUCUAUUAGAGAUAGAGGGUGUUAGCAAUUGGUAUAAAUUUAGUGAAAGGGUAUUACGGUGCAUAAUUGAUGAGACCAACGAUCUUGCAAAUACGAUGGAGGAAUUUCAGACUUUCAUUAGGAAGCGUGGCUUGAGGGCAUUAUCAUCUUCGCCAAUACUGUACACACUAGUCAUGUGUACAUGGAUAGACACCAUGAGGAAGGAGGAAGAUAUGAAAGAAGCCUCCAAUUGUGCACUAUAUACUGCUCUGCUUGAAAGUCUUUGUAAAAAAGCUAACAGUACUUCGGGCGAUUUUAUUUAUUCCAACCCUUCUCCAGUGAGGUGUUUUUGUGAAACAUCUAACAUGCAGCCAAACAUUGCACACUUAGAAAAGCUAGCUGAAGCAGCUUGUAAAUUGCUGUUCUCUGCUGAAAGAGAAUCAUCUAUUGUUUUCAAUAACAUUACAUUGUCACACUAUUUCUCUUGGGAAGAUUUUACAGAUCAUAAGAUGUUUGCUCUCAAGGCAGGAAUAUUAACAAAUAGGAAAGAUACUAGUUGGACAGGAAGCUCCUACUCGUUCAUUGACAAAACUAUGCAGGAAUUCCUUGCAGCUUAUCAUAUCGCGUGUAAUCUCCAUGUUAUCGAUGACAUCAUUUAUUACUAUCUUAAACGUAACAAGAGUUCAUAUCUCGAUAUAUCGCAAGUGUUCAUAUUCCUGUGUGGGAUGAACAUUUUUGCUGCAAAUAAAUUGUCGGGUUUGAUGAAUGAAUGUGACGUUGCUUACAGCAAGUGUUCUUCUGAAGAUUCCCAUGAGUUUCAGAGCAUAAUUGAGUCUGGAAUAAAAGAGGCAGCAGCCAACAGGCAAGAUGGCAGUGGCCUGAAACUCAGUCAUUUUAACAUUACUGCUGAAAACAUGAGAGAGUUACAUCGCCUAUGGUCUACAAACACAUCAAAUGUUCUGACCUUACAUUUAAGAACAGAUGUUAGUUCACCUGAACCUGGCAAGCCUGAAUCUCGUUACGAGUUUAACCUGUCAUCAUGCCACAAGCUAAAAUCAUUAGAAUUAUUAGGAAAUGGCAUAUGCCUAAGAGGAUGGACAACAGUUUAUGCUCUUGAUGAAGCAGUAAGGCCAAGGAUGAGAUUAGCAUGUAACCAGCUUAGUUAA